CACCUGGGGCAAGAGAGGAAUGGUGCUAAGAGAUGGUGCUUGUGGGGUUCAUCUCUGCCUGAGAAUCAGGUGCUCUAGGCGCCAGAAAAGCCAACUCCGAUCCUGGGAUCGCUGCUUGAACAAGCCAGUGCAGCCCAACAACCAAACCAGCCACUUUCUCUUAAUGAUGGGCAUUGGUAAAAACACUACAUCCAAGUCCAUGGAGGCUGGGAGUUCAACGGAAGGCAAAUAUGAAGACGAAGCGAAGCACCCCACUUUCUUCACCCUCCCGGUAACAGCAUUCCCCGUGGCCACGUCCAGUGGUGAACAGGACAAUGAAGACACAGAGCUCAUGGCGAUCUACACAACGGAAAACGGCAUUGCAGAAACGAGCUCUCUGGCCGAGACGUUGGAUAGCACUGGCAGUCUAGACCCCCAGAGAUCGGACAUGAUUUACACCAUAGAAGAUGUCCCUCCCUGGUACCUGUGCAUAUUUCUGGGGCUGCAGCACUAUCUGACUUGCUUCAGCGGCACCAUCGCGGUGCCCUUUCUGCUGGCCGACGCCAUGUGUGUGGGGUACGACCAGUGGGCCACCAGCCAGCUCAUUGGGACCAUUUUCUUCUGUGUGGGAAUCACAACUCUGCUGCAGACAACGUUUGGGUGCAGGUUACCCCUGUUUCAGGCCAGUGCUUUUGCAUUUCUGGCCCCUGCUCGAGCCAUCCUGUCUUUAGAUAAAUGGAAAUGUAACACCACAGAUGUUUCGUUUGUCAACGGAACCACGGAACUGCUGCACACGGAGCACAUCUGGUACCCCCGCAUACGCGAGAUCCAAGGAGCCAUCAUCAUGUCCUCACUGAUAGAAGUGGUCAUCGGCUUCUUAGGCCUGCCCGGCGCUCUGCUGAAGUACAUCGGGCCCCUGACCAUUACGCCCACAGUGGCCCUCAUUGGCCUCUCUGGUUUCCAGGCGGCAGGAGAGAGAGCGGGGAAGCACUGGGGCAUCGCCAUGCUGACAAUUUUCCUUGUAUUACUGUUUUCUCAAUAUGCCAGAAAUGUUAAAUUUCCCCUCCCAAUUUACAAGUCCAAGAAAGGAUGGACUGCGUACAAGUUACAGCUUUUCAAAAUGUUCCCUAUCAUCCUGGCCAUCCUUGUGUCCUGGCUGCUCUGCUUCAUUUUCACAGUGACAGAUGUCUUCCCUCCUGACAGCACCAAGUAUGGCUUCUACGCUCGAACAGACGCCCGGCAGGGCGUGCUUCUGGUGGCCCCGUGGUUUAAGGUUCCGUACCCCUUUCAGUGGGGCCUGCCCACCAUCUCUGCGGCUGGUGUCAUUGGCAUGCUCAGCGCUGUUGUCUCCAGUAUUAUCGAGUCUAUCGGGGACUACUACGCCUGCGCAAGGCUGUCCUGUGCCCCGCCGCCGCCCAUCCAUGCGAUAAACAGGGGGAUUUUCGUGGAGGGUCUCUCCUGUGUUCUCGAUGGCAUAUUUGGUACUGGGAAUGGCUCUACUUCAUCCAGUCCCAACAUUGGAGUUUUGGGAAUUACUAAGGUCGGCAGCCGCCGGGUGAUACAGUACGGGGCCGCCCUCAUGCUGGCCUUGGGCAUGAUCGGCAAGUUCAGCGCCCUCUUCGCCUCCCUUCCGGACCCUGUGCUUGGCGCCCUCUUCUGCACUCUCUUUGGAAUGAUCACAGCCGUUGGACUCUCUAACCUGCAGUUUAUUGAUUUAAACUCUUCCCGGAACCUCUUUGUGCUUGGAUUUUCCAUCUUCUUUGGGCUUGUCCUUCCAAGUUACCUCAGACAGAACCCUCUUGUCACAGGGAUAUCGGGCAUUGAUCAAGUGCUGAACGUUCUCCUCACAACGGCUAUGUUUGUAGGAGGCUGUGUGGCUUUUAUUUUGGAUAACACCAUCCCAGGUACUCCGGAGGAAAGAGGAAUCCGGAAAUGGAAGAAAGGCAUAGGCAAAGGGAGCAAGUCGCUUGAUGGCAUGGAGUCCUAUGAUUUGCCAUUCGGCAUGAACAUUAUUAAAAAAUACAAAUGCUUCAGCUACUUACCCAUCAGUCCAACCUUUGUGGGCUACACGUGGAAAGGCCUCGGGAAGAGCGCAAACAGCCGGAGUCCGGACAAGGACUUGCAGGCCACGGUAUAGCCGUAGCUUGCCCUGUGGCCUGGCCGCAGUGAGGCAUGAUCUGUAGUUUCUUGCUGAGUAACAAGCAGUGACAUAUAUGUUUGUGUAUCUGCAUUUACAUUCUGUACCCCAGAGCUAAGACGGAUUGCAAGUAGCUUUUUUUGUUGUGAGUGGUGAUCGUGUCUAAUAUAGUGUCUCACCUCUCUCCUUAUUUAAGCCCCAACCCCUUGCCCCUGAGAAUGUCCACUGCUGGCUGUGGUCACUGAACUUGAAAUUCCUGUCCUCCUGUGGGAAUAGAUGUCUGAAAUCCACAGCAAUUCCUUGUUUUCAGCCCCCCUUCCACCACCCAUGCUAGCUUUCUUACAGGCCGCCUCCAGGGCAGGGGUGGGGAACGUCCGGCCCCGCCAAGGCAACCUCUGGCAGGACUCGAAAUUCAAUAAAUCUAGGAGCUUUUUUCAUAGCAACAUUAAUUUUUAUUAAGUGAAUUAAGUGAACGAUGUUAUAAACAUCCAAAUGUCCCUUGGCAGAAAAAAGGUUCCCACCCCUGGUCUGGGGGCUUUCUGUCCUGGAAGCACCUGGACCUGCUUGCUUUGUUGGUUUGUUGGUUUGUUUUUAUUUGACCUCCGCCUGAACCACAGAGCCCUCCUGUGGUGAAAGGGCACCAGUAUCCUCGCAUUGUCACAGCUGGUCAAAUGUGAUGCUACGCUCCCUGCUCCUCCUGUGGGGAACAGCAGCAUGUUGUUGUACCGACCUAUGCCCCAUCUGCUUGGGGAAGGUCUGUACACAGUGUAUGAGCAUGGAAAUGUGUUUGGGGGACUAAGGAGGAAGGAAGGUACCUUGAAGUCAGUAUCUGGUUCUCAGCUGCUCUAUCUCGGUGCCACCUGGCCCAGCCUGGGCCAGCACGUUUCACACUGGCCUCUCUCUUCACUAGCAGCUGGGACACUCUGUCUGGCGCUUCUCACUCCUGGUGGUGCAACAGGUGUGGAGUGCCACACGGGGGCACCAGCCAGACGUUUAUGGGUGUCUUGGCUCUGCUGUCAUGUGGAUGUCCGUUAUUGUCACAUGUGUCUAUAAAUACAAGAUUUUAUUCCUAUUUAAUAUGACUGACUAUAGCAGAUUUUUGAAAUCAGUGUUUUUCCAUGUGACCCUUUUACCUUGCAUCCUUAUUACUGUGCCCCUCCCACUUCUCCCAUUAAAGCAAGAAAGAACCAGCAUUUGUAAAGCUGUGGACACCAUCAGGGAAGCUGUUGUCAUGGCUUUUGAGGGCCAGUAACCAUUACUGUGGUUGUAUUGCUUGAUACCAUGAAAGUGUAAAUACUGUAAUGCCUAAUCUAUUUAUCAAAACUAACUACUGGACCAGAGCCCAGAAACCAUGGCUUACUUUAUACGUGAAUUUGUUUUGUGAAGAAGGGAAGCCAGGGAAGGUACCAAGCAGCUGCCAUAUCGAAUGGUGGGCGUGCUGGUACACCCACCGCUGCGGUUCUGUUGCAAGUCGUUCCUCGCAGUUAAGAUGUAAGGGGGUUUCUGUGGGUUGUCAUGUGGCAUGUCCACUGGGUCUUGAUUUGGCAGAGGGGAAGGUUAGAUCCCUGGACAUAUGCUGCUGUUCUUGUUUUAAGUUCCUGAAGAAGGUGGCGGUGAGAAAGGCAGCAUGCAGGUCCCCUCUGUUGAGUUCUAAUUACAUAACACUAAAUUCUUUUUUGAGGGGAAAAGAAACUUCUUGAAUUUGGUUUGAGGUUUUUCAGCCAGAAAAUUCUGAGACACAACGUAGUGAGCUCACUUCAUGAGGUCAUGCUUCUCUUCCUGUGUAUUCAUUGACCUGGCUGAGGCUUGAAUGCAGUGGGUGUUGCUGUCUCCAACAGCGGGCCAUGGGUCUGGGUCUCAGCCCUAUUGUGUCCAUCUCGUGCCCUUCCUGUCCCCUGGCUGCCUCUGUGUCACCUCCUUGACUCCUGGGAAGUUGGGGACUUCAAGGCUUGUUCUAGCAAGAACUCUCUUCGGAACCACUUCAUUGUUUUGCCAAGACCUUACUGCAGAUUAAGUAAAGAACUUAGAUUAUAAAUUACAUUUAAUUUUGUAUGUUACUUUUCUUUGAUGUGUAUUUGAUGCCUAGUUUAUUUUGAAGCACAUCCCUUAACCAUUUCCAUCCCUUUAACUUGGUAUGCCCUCCAGGCUGACAGUCCUCUGAUACUGACUUGCUCUCUGUUCCUUCUGUUUGUAUUUCUGCUCAGCAUCUAAAUUUCUCAGCUUUGAAAAAUGGGGAAAACUGUUACACCUCCCAAAGAUUUGCAGUAUUCUAGCUCUAUAGGUGAGCAGAAGAACCAAAUACCCAAAUAAAAGCAUCUGGGCCAUCAGUAAUUCAGAAACAAACAAGUUCCUUUCAACAUAACUUGACCGGGCUUGUCCAGAAACCCACUCCCUUCUGAAACCCCUCCUUGGGUCCGUUUCAAAUCUGCAAGCAUUCCUAUCUGGAGGGAUGUGUGCAAGCAUUCCUAUGUGGAGGGAUGUGUGCAAGCAUUCCUAUGUGGAGGGAUGUGUGCAAGCAUUCCUGUGUGGAGGGAUGUCUGCAAGCAUUCCUACGUGGAGGGAUGUGUGCAAGCAUUCCUGUGUGGAGGGAUGUGUGCAAGCAUUCCUGUGUGGAGGGAUGUCUGCAAGCAUUCCUACGUGGAGGGAUGUGUGCAAGCAUUCCUAUGUGGAGGGAUGUGUGCAAGCAUUCCUACGUGGAGGGAUGUGUGCAAGCAUUCCUACGUGGAGGGAUGUGUGCAAGCAUUCCUACGUGGAGGGAUGUGUGCAAGCAUUCCUACGUGGAGGGAUGUGUGCAAGCAUUCCUACGUGGAGGGAUGUGUGCAAGCAUUCCUACGUGCAGGGAAGCCCUGUACCCACACCGCCUUUUGGAAAGGGGUUUUGCCCUUCUUGUUCCAUUGUCCAAGGGAGGGAGUUGAGCCUCAGGAUGACGCAUAAAUCUUGCACAAGCAGCACACAUUUUAGGAAGUGAUCCUUCUGCUAGCAAAUAUGCCACAGAAUGAGUUUAAUAGAAAAAAAGUGUGUUCAUCUGCUGCCUGGGUUUGAAGAUACCACCUGUAGGGAGGUUUGGAGGGACACGGUGGCCAUGCAUGAUCUGUCCCUGUGAGCUCGCUCAUGUAAGUGCCCUUGAGCAAGGCAUUUGCUUCCAGUUUCCACAGUGACCACCUACCCACCAUCUUCACAUGUAUGUGAACCAUUUUGAUAUAGAAAAGAAAUGGAAAGUAUUUAUAAGGAUAGUUGAUGCUGCCGUAUCCCAGUGCGGGUGGGUCAUGGGGCCCCACCACCGGUUUUAAUAAAAUACCUAACAAGGUUCACAGAGAAAUUGGGAAAUAGCUCCAGUCUUUGUAAGCAAUUUUCAUUCUCAUUCUCACUAGGGAGUUCAGUGCAGACUCAUUAGAAUCAAAUCUUUCUUAAGAGGGCGUCAAAUGUUAACUUGUAGUGAGUUGGUUGUGAUGGAUCAAAGCAAGAGAAGUGGCUUAACCAGGUCAGCCGCAGUGAAGCAUCAUGGGUCCUGAUGGUUUCCCGUUUUCAUGGUAACAAAUUCACACACAGGAUUUGCUUUAUACUGUAGAACACUGACUUUCAUGAUGACAACUUGGUUUAUGCAUGAAUAUUGCAGUAUUUCCAUAUAGUAAAAUAACAUUUCUGCCCAGGAUAAUAGUUACCGUUUUCCAGGGAGGGAAUGAUAUAAUUUUCAUGACAAUGUCAUGUGAUGAUAGAAUUUCUCCAUUGAUGAAUCUCUAGUAUGUGUGUAUACUUUAUUUACCCAUGCGUAUAUUUUAUGACCGUCAGCUAAGUUGUUAUUACUUUAACUCAUGUCCCUGCUGAAAUACUGGUACUAGCAACCUAGACUUGAAGUUGGCGACUAUCAUCUUCCUUAAUACUGAUGCCGCUAAGAGUGGCCAGGCCAGAUAGAAGGUGAAAAGGGAGCUGUGGCAGGAGCCUUGUUCCAGAGCCGGUGCGAGGAGAGGCAGCAUCCUGUGGGCCGCUGUGCUUGGGGUGUGCGCUCGGCUGCAGACACCAGGCCUGGUGUGGCUGUCACUGGGUGCCUGGUGUGCACCCAGCCACGCCUCCUGGACACCGUGGCUGUGCGAACGAGCCUGAGCAUUGACAGUUCUCCGGGGAGCUGGCCGUUGGCUUUGGAGAAGAGCCUGGAUUUUCACCUGCUGCAUGUGUUGUGCUCUGUCCACUUACGACUUGAACACGAAGAACAGAACAUCUCCCCCCGCUACCCGACCUGCAGUCACCAUCCGACAGUGCAAGAAGACCGCGCGCGUUUUGCCAACGUUUCCGCCCAAGGACCCAGAGAGCACGCCCUUUUCAGCAGCCUCACACACAUUCCUGUUCUUCUAGGUUGCUCUUGACUGUGCCUCGUCGUCACUCUGCAUACGUAACUCCCAGCGUCCUUAGAAUUGUGUGUGUUUUCUGGCAUUUAGGACACCCUCACCAGCCUGGUCAUGUUACUGACAGUUCAAGUUAAUACCCUCUUUCGUUCGUGCGUAACAACCUUUGUUUGACACGUUAAUAAAUUUCUGACUGUUCUUAACACAGUGGGAAUGCCUAUAUUUUCCUUGAGUUUUUGUGGCUGACUUUGGCUCUGUACCUUUUUGGGGUUUUGUUCGUUUUUUUAUUUUGCAUACCGAGGGUGUUUAGGGUGGGGUUGUUUUUGAGAUGUGUAAUUCUUUUAUGGAGUUUUUAAAAAGAAAUUUCAUAUUGUUUUUCUAACAUGGCUUCAUUAAACGUUUAAGUAUUUUAAAAAUAUGUAAUAUUUGGACCAGACGUUGUGAAUAAUAGUAGAGAUAAAAGCUAUUUUAUUCUGUAUUUUUAAAACUGUUCCGUACAAAUAAAAGCUCUCCUGGGCACAG